AUGAAGACCAACUUCCUCCUCGUCCUUAGCGCUAUGGCCGCUACUGUUUUCGCCAACCCUACCUCCGAUGACAACCUAGUCGCACGAAAGGAGAUCUGCCGCAAGGCCAGCAGCUGCAGCGCGUUCUGGUCUGGCAAAUGCGAAGAAUACUGCGCCCCGUACAAGUUUUCCCAUAUGAGCGGUGACACUUGCGAUGGAGCCCUUAAGAGAUGCUGCUGUGAUGCUUAA